AGCAGGCUGAAAGAGAGACACGGACAGACGGACGGACGGGCGGAGGGAGAGGCACUAACGCUUGCUGAAGAGGGGCAGUCUUGCAAGAACGCGGUGUUGUGUUGUUUUCUUUUCCCCGCUGGAGGAGCGUGAGCGCUGUGGAUGGAAAGAGGAUGCAUUGUGGGCUGCUGGAGGAGCCGGAUAUGGAUUCCACAGAGAGUUGGAUUGAGAGAUGCCUCAGUGAGAGCGAGAGCAAGCGGUACUCCAGCCACACGUCUCUGGGGAAUUUGUCCAAUGAUGAGAAUGAGGAAAAGGAGAACAACAGAGCAUGUAAGCGUCACUCCACGCCAGCAACACUCCAGUGGCUGGAAGAGAACUAUGAGAUAGCAGAAGGAGUGUGUGUCCCUCGCAAUGCUCUCUACAUGCACUACCUGGACUUCUGCGAGAAGCACGACUCCCAGCCGGUGAACGCAGCCAGCUUUGGCAAGAUCAUAAGACAACAGUUCCCUCAGCUAACCACACGGAGACUUGGAACCAGAGGCCAGUCAAAGUACCACUACUAUGGCAUUGCGGUGAAGGAGAGCUCGCAGUACUACGAUGUGAUGUACUCCAAGAAGGGCGCAGCAUGGGUGAACGAGACGGGCAAGAAGGAGGUGACCAAGCAGACAGUGGCGUAUUCACCGCGCUCCAAGCUGGGGACGCUUCUGCCAGACUUUCCAAAUGUCAAAGACCUAAAUCUGCCUGCCAGCCUGCCAGGGGAGAAGGUCUCCACGUUUAUUAUGAUGUAUCGCACCCAUUGCCAGAGGAUACUGGACACGGUCAUACGGGCCAACUUUGAUGAGGUCCAGAGCUUCCUGCUGCACUUCUGGCAGGGCAUGCCACCCCACAUGCUGCCCGUGAUGUGCUCUGCCGUCGUGGUCAACAUCGUCGGUGUCUGCGACUCCAUCCUCUACAAGGCCAUCUCUGGGGUCCUCAUGCCCACUGUACUCCAGGCACUGCCAGACAGUUUGACGCAGGUGAUUCGAAAAUUUGCCAAACAGCUGGAUGACUGGCUGAAGAUUGCGUUGCAUGACCUGCCAGAGAACCUGCGGAACAUCAAGUUUGAGUUGGCUCGAAGAUUCUCCCAGAUUCUAAAGAGGCAGACUUCUUUAAACCACCUAUGUCAGGCUUCGCGGACAGUCAUCCACAGUGCGGACAUCACGUUUCAGAUGCUGGAAGACUGGCGGAACGUGGACCUGAACAGCAUCACCAAGCAGACGCUCUAUACCAUGGAGGACUCGCGAGAGGACCAGCGCAGACUCAUCGUCCAGCUUUAUCAAGAGUUUGAUCGUUUGCUGGAGGACCAGUCGCCCAUUGAAGCCUACAUUGAAUGGCUAGACUCCAUGGUGGACAGAUGUGUAGUGAAGGAGUCCGAGAAGCGACCCGGGAGCCUGAAGAGGGUAGCUCAGCAGUUCCUGCUCAUGUGGUCAUGUUUUGGGACGCGGGUGAUCCGUGAUAUGACCCUCCACAGUGCACCCAGCUUCGGCUCGUUUCACCUGAUCCACCUGAUGUUUGAUGACUAUGUCCUGUACCUGCUGGAGUCCCUGCACUGCCAGGAGAGGGCCAACGAGCUGAUGAGGGCCAUGAAGGGAGAGGCCAGCACAGCCGACCGAGCUGAAGACAUGAUGCUGACAGAGACCACGCCCUCAUCCCCUGCGGUCUACUUUCCCGCUAAAUCGGUUCCCUCGGUGGGAGUCCCGGCCCUCAGCUCGCCCACCUCUGCCCAGUCUCCCGAAUACACUGGCGCGGCCACCACCACAGGUGCUGUUCAGUCAUAUACCUGGUCCCUUACGUACACAGUGACUACAUCAGGAGGCUCUCCAUCUGAAGGCGGAUCCCAGGUCUCCUGCAUGCGCAGUCCCCCUUCCGUGACCCCUCCAGCCGCCAGCCACCGAAUGCCAGUCUACCCACACCGGGAUGAACACGGGUACACGGGGAGCUACAACUACAGCAGCUACACCAACCAGCACCAUCACCCAAUCCAGAGCCAGUAUCCCAGUCUGCCCCAUGAAACAGGCCUUCCUACACCCCUCCACUACCCUGCCUACCACCGCACUCCUACCCAGUACCCUCUCAACAGCCCUAUGACGCGCAUGGAGCCCUGCCUGAUGGGCAGCACGUCAAGGCUGCACCCCUCGCCCAUGGCACCGCGCUGGCCCGACCUCCCGCCCGCCAACGGCUGCUAUACCGCCCCGCCCAUGCACUCGUCCCGCUACAGCGCCAGCGCCGACGUCUACGCGCCGCUCGCCCCGCUCGCCCCGCGCCGCACCACCGAGUACGAGCACGCGCAACACUUCUCCGGCUUCGCCUACAUCAACGGGGAGGCCACCACCGGUUGGGCCAAGUAAAAGGUGGGGGGCCCUCUAUACAGCAGCGGCGCCUCAUCAGAGGGGGCGCACCUCCCCCCCACACACCCAGCCAGCCCUGUGCGUGAGGACUGUACAACGGCUCCAGCCGGGCCAGAGGAGAGGAACGAGAGGUCGCCCCAUCCAUCUCAUCUCAGACAAGGCACAGUCUCAACCUCGACGACCGUCGAGACGUCUUCUGAGAGAGGAGAGAUAGCUCGCCUGCAAACUUCUCUGACCUUUUAUUUUUUUUCUUAAAUGUCUUUCUCUUCAGUGAGAAUCGCAAUCUGCUCUUCUGUGCCUUUUACAUGCACUCCCCCGCCUCUCCCGUGCCCUUAUUAAGUGUGGGCUUGGGUCUGCUACUCGGCUCAGCGAACAAGUUGGAGCAGAGCCAUGGCCAGAACUACGCAAUUCACGGGACUGUGUUUACCCUCGGCGCCUCUCUUGACGUCAGUGCAAUUGUUCAAUGUCAUUAUAGCCGUCUCUUCCCUCAGCUUUUUUCCUGGUGCGGCGACCUCAACCUGCUCCACUUAUUUGUUGGGCGUCAAAACUGUUUCUGCUCCAGUGCUGUGUGGAGGGGGACCAGGGAAGUGUAGGGGUUGUGAGUUUAUCUCUGUGUGGGAGCCGCCACACAAACACGCAAGCGCGUCACAAAACAAACGGGUGCCUGAGGGUCACUGCAAAUCAAACCGCCGGCAGCCACAAUCAGUCUCAUCUACUCUGCAGCAGCUCAUUUCAAAUGUGAAAGUUGUCAUUUCACAUAACUAAGUGUUUUGGAAUGAGUUUAUGCUUUGCCUUGACAGGCUUCUUGUGAGCUCUCUGAAAUAGGAAGGCUUGACUGCAUCUGUGGAGGGACUUAUCAUAGAUAUAUACUCUGUAGCUGUGUAACAUGCUAUCCUUUUGCUCUAUUUUGCUGUGUUGGUGCAGUGUUUGUUUGGUGUUUUGUAUGGUUAGUGUGAAAAACGCUUGAAUAACCUAGGUUUGUGUGUUUUUAAAUGCACUCCGAGCUCCUGUGGAUCUAUUACCCUAUGGGUAGAAAUAAAAAGGAAAAUCUAUGUAAGAAAAAAAUGUAACAUUUAUGAUCUGUAGUCACUCUUUUCCUGUAAAUAAAAGCACUCAAUAACUGCUGUGGUGACAACUGUUGCCGUGUAAAAUUAUAUAUGUGGAGUAAUUUGUUACCACAUAAAGAAUUUUUAAAAUCCAA